UGCUUCGAAGAUGUCCUCUUUUUUGAUGUGUGUUGUGACAUAAGUCAAAAUUCGCCGUGGUUUUAAUUUGAAAAAGAAUUCGCGAUUUUUUUUAACCAACAAACGCGCACGCUUCUCACGCGAGGAAGAAUGUUUAAUGGUGUUUGGGACCUGUAGUUUCCUCCAAUACAGUUGUUACUAAAGUGCAAUCCCUUUAAGAUGGUUGACACUGAAAAAAAAGCUGAAAACAUAACCGAAGAGAUAUACAAGAUCACAGACAAUGAUCUUCAGUUGAGCUUCACCGAGGAUAGACAUGAAGAGACCAUUGAGGGGAUUGAAUCCAUCACACAGACAUGGAGGAUGAAGGAGCGGAUGAAGACUGUCAGUGUGGCUUUGGUAUUGUGCUUGAAUGUAGGUGUCGAUCCUCCGGAUGUUGUCAAAACACAGCCAUGUGCAAGGUUGGAAUGCUGGAUCGAUCCAUUAUCACUAUCACCAGCUAAAGCUUUAGAAGCUAUAGGUGGUAGUUUGCAAAAACAAUAUGAGCGAUGGCAGCCAAGAGCCAGGUAUAAAUUAUCCCUUGACCCUACAGCUGAGGAAGUCAAGAAACUUUGCACUUCACUUAGAAGGAAUGCCAAGGAGGAGAGAGUGCUAUUUCAUUAUAAUGGACAUGGUGUCCCAAAACCUACUUCUAAUGGAGAAAUUUGGGUAUUCAAUAGGUCGUUCACGCAAUAUAUACCUUUGUCAGUUUAUGACUUACAAACCUGGAUGGGUGCGCCAUCGAUUUACGUAUACGACUGCUCAAAUGCUGGUAUAAUAGUCGAUUCUUUUAAGCAAUUCGCCUUGCAGCACGAGAAUGAGUACACACAAAGCGGAGAAAACGGUACACCUCCACCAACCUUUCAGAACUGUAUUCAAUUGGCUGCUUGCGAAGCUAGUCAGGUGCUACCUAUGAAUCCAGAUUUACCGGCAGAUUUGUUCACAGCUUGUCUGACGACACCCAUUAAAGUAGCUUUAAGAUGGUUUAUUCUGCAAACCACAUCGAAGUUGAUACCUAAAGUAAAAAUGGAACAUAUAGAACGGAUUCCUGGUUCAAUUACAGAUCGCCGAACGAUGUUGGGUGAAUUGAAUUGGAUCUUCACAGCGAUUACCGAUACAAUUGCUUGGAACACACUCUCGAGGGAUGUGUUUCAAAAGUUGUUCCGGCAAGAUUUACUAGUUGCUAGUCUAUUUAGGAACUUCCUUUUGGCGCAAAGAAUAAUGCGAUCCUCGGAUUGCACUCCGGUGUCUUCACCAGCUUUGCCCGAAACCCAUCAGCAUCCGAUGUGGCAGGCCUGGGAUCUUACUCUGGACUUGAGCUUGGGCCAAUUGCCUGGCAUCUUGGAGCGGGACGUGCCGUACGUGCAUCUGCCCUUCUUCGAGGAACAACUAACAGCGUUUCAGGUUUGGCUAAAGUUCGGUUCAGAGAAGAGGAAACCACCGGAGCAGCUGCCGAUAGUUCUUCAGGUGUUACUCAGUCAAGUGCAUAGAAUGAGGGCUUUGGAAUUACUGGGGAAAUUUUUGGAUUUGGGACCGUGGGCGGUCAAUCUAGCUUUGUCCGUGGGAAUCUUCCCGUACGUACUCAAGCUUCUGCAAAGUUGCGCGAAGGAGUUACGACCGCUGCUGGUAUUCAUUUGGGCAAAAAUUCUUGCCGUUGAUAAUACUUGUCAAGCGGAUCUAGUCAGGGACACGGGUCACAAAUAUUUCCUAUCCAUCCUCCAGGAUACGACAAUUGCAUCAGAGCACAGAACGCAGGCGGCUUUUGUUCUGGCCUGCAUCGUCAAUGAGUAUCGUGAUGGUCAGGAGGCUGCAGUUCAGGGUUCUUUAGUUUCUAUAUGUUUGGAGUUAUUGUCGGAUCCCUGCGCUGAAUUAAGGCAAUGGGUCGCAAUAUGUUUGGGUCGACUAUGGGACCACUACGAAACAGCUAGAUGGACCGGCGUUCGGGAUACCGCUAACGAAAAGCUUUAUCCACUCCUUCAGGAUCCCUGUCCGGAAGUGAGAGCUGCCGCUGUUUACGCGCUAGGCACAUUUAUCAAUUCGGAUGUUAAACGCACAGAGCAUGCGAACAAAAUUGAUCAUUCCGUGGUCAUGACACUGCUCAAUACCGUAGUCAACGAUAUGAGUCCCAUUGUCAGGAUGGAACUGGUUGCAGCUAUUCAAUGGGUUGUGCUUUCCUUUGAGCACGCCUUCAUCAACGAGGCAAUACAAGAAUCUACUAGGGAUCGUCUGCGCUUACCGCCUUCGAUGAGCCAUGGUUCAGGUAUGGAUCAUGUCGACUCUUCGGAGCGUCUGAAGCGCGUUGCUUCAAGCACGUCCAUCAGCACCGCAGUUGGGCUUGGCACUUCCACUUCAAUGCCUUACGGCUCUGUUUACAUAAAAGUUUGGACAGUGCUGAAUAUUUUAACCAAUGAUCCGCAUCCGGACGUUGCUAAAAUCUCGAACACCGUAAUAAAUUACAUCAAAAAUCAAAUCAUGGAUCAAAAACGGGAUUGCGGUGAUAUUAAGUUGAGCUCAAGUAUCAGCUUACCUCCAAGUCCGAACAAGACGUCUUUCAUGGCCGAAAGUCCACCUCACAUGGCUUCUUCCACUGAUUUACAGCGAUUGGCCACAAGAAGUGCUACUAAAUUGAGAACGAAACAUGUACCUCACACCAUCAACGAGGAAGACACGUGGGGAUUGCAUCCUAAGAAGCCGCUGGUCACCACUCAAUUCGUAGCGUGGUCAUGUAAAAAGUUCGCACAACCGAUGAUGAAGAAGGUGAUCGUAGACAAGGAUUCUAAGGAAUUCCUAGAAAGGGAAUGGCGCUUCAUGAGAAAUACUGUGAUAAGAAAUGAAGGCCGGGCUGAGGAAAUUAGAGCACAGAGGUGUCGCCUCGAAUCGCAGGUCUUCAAUUCGCGGAUACAAAAUGUUCCGAGUAUUGUACAGUUCCAUCCCUAUGAUCAGCAAAUCGCAGUCGCAGCUAAAGAUUCAUUCGGUAUAUGGGAUUGGGGAACUGGAGCUAAAUUCGCUCAAGCUUCAUGUAAACCAGGGAAGAGCGUUUCCUGGAAAAUCACCGCGCUUGAAUGGAUCAACUCCUAUGAUAUUGGUAUGGUUAUGGUAGGCUCGGAUGACGGAUCAGCGAAACUGUGGAGAGUCGGGCAGUUCCAGGAACCAAACCUGGUCACGGCCUGGCAGGCUCACAACGGACUCUUCAUUUCAAACAGACUGAGUAAUAGCGUUUCUAGUGGAUUGCUUUUGUCUUGGGAGCAAUACACGCGCACUGUGAUAUCGGCAGGAGAUACGCGCGUAUUACGAUUGUGGGACGUGAACAAGGAAUUGAUGUCCUUCGACAUACCGACCGGAGCGGAUUGCUCGGUGACCUGUCUGGAUUCCACCUAUUCGAGUGUAUCGCACGAGAGGCAAGCCUACGUGCCCAAGUGUACCGUCGAGUGCGAUGACGGCCUCUUCAUGGGUUGUGCAGCGGAGAGUUUCGAGGAGGGACCUGAUGACGGGAAAGCGGGGCUUAUUGUAGCCGGAUGUGCGGACGGUAGCGUGCGCGUUUACGACAGGCGCUGUCCGCCGAACGAGGCUCGGAUCAAAUCAUGGAUGGAACACGCGUCUAAUGUUAUUAGCGUACAAUUACGAGGCGAGAAAAUAAUUAGCGGAAGUGCGAGUGGCGACGUUAAAAUCUAUGAUAUCAGGAAAAGUGAUUCGUUGCUUUCCACACAGGUCGUUGCCAGUCAAACCAUGACCGGUUUAGCAAUCCACCGUAAUUCCAACAUUUAUGCUUGUUCAUCGAAUCAAAUUGUGGCUGUUCAUAAUUUAUCCGGUCUUUGUAUGAACGUUAUUCGGUUCUACGAAGGCUUCAUGACCUACCGGAUCGGACCCGUCAGCUGCUUAGGUUUCCAUCCGUACAAGAUGGCUUUGGCGACAGGAACUAUGGACGGAUCAUUGAGCGUAUAUUGUUUGGACAAUCGUAGAUGACACGCGUCUUUCUCUAUUGGGGAUAUGGUUUGGAUCGUGAAGACCGUACCCAACUUAGUUAAAGAGAAUUGAUACAUAGCACCGAUAAAAAAAAAUUAUUGAUUAUAUACAGAUUUACUGGCUGCCUCUGUUCGGAAUCGUCAACUGCAUUAAUUCGUCCUUUCGCGAGAAGGACAAGGAGAAGAGUGUUCACUUUCAAAAUUUCGAGCGUAAAUUCACACGGCUUUAGCGAACAAAUUUUAUUUACAAUUAUUUUGGUAUGUUUGAUAAUAUUUAACGCGCUUCGACGGAUUCCGCAGAUGGAGCGGCUCGCAAACGUUACAUAAAAUACAGCACUGUAUAUAGUUUUUUUUUAUUCCUUAGAUGAACCGGGAACAGACUCAAAAUAAGAAUUACAUAUAUAUGUAGCACAUAUAUACACAGAUUUUAUUUACGUAACAGAUCUAUUUUUUAUCAAGAUGUAAUUUUUAAAGUGUUUUUAAUUCCCUAACGCGCAUUUCCAAUUUUCGACCGAAAACUUGUUUUUUCUUUCUUCUCUCUCUCUUCUUUGUUUUGAGUCUGUCUGAAUGUGCAUAUACUUAUACAUAAUAUUUCUGAUUUUUGUUUCCGAUAGGUUUUAACUUUAGUUUUUAGGCGCUGUACAAAUAAGACUAUGAAACGUGCAUUUUGUUUAUCUAAUUAAAACGUUUUGUUUUCGAGCUUAUUUCGUUUCUUUCAAACUCGUUACUUUUCUCUUCUUUGUAAUUUUAUUUCUUUGCAAUUUCAAUUUUUUAUUUGGAAAUUGUACGUUAUUUUCUAUCAAGUGUGCAAUUUUAUUCGAGUUCCGAAGAGGGCGAAUCAAUCGAUCUAAUAAUGACUAUGGUGGACCAUCCGGUUGACUUUUUUUUCUUCCCAAAUGCAUAAUCCACGUUAUUGAUUGCCUGUGGUUAACAUUUGGAAUUAGUUACAUAAAUCGAGUUUUACUUACAUUAAUGUUUACAUUAUUUUUUUUAAAAACCUAAUUGCAAUUUGUUAUUAU